UGAGCCGGGCGCGUGAUGUACCAGCUCUGUAAAACACGGAAAAGUCACAGUGGUAGCGGGAAAUUUCGCUCCAAGCUGCCGCCACCGCAUCGGAAGUUUUUACGGGUUUGUGGUAGCAUUGAUCAGGCAUUUGCAUCGAAGAGUUUUUCCCUGAGUUUUCAUCUUCGAAAUCCUGCCAGGAUGGGUUUCAGUAACAAGCCUAUGAUUAUCGAUGGCCGCGGCCAUUUACUGGGCCGGCUCGCCGCUAUGACCGCCAAAACCCUUCUUACUGGUCAGAAUAUCGUGGUUGUCAGAUGCGAAGGAAUCAAUAUCUCUGGCAGUUUUUAUCGCAACAAGUUGAAGUACCUUGAUUUCCUCCGCAAACGUAUGAACACUAACCCUCGUCGCGGACCAUACCAUUUCCGAGCUCCCAGCAAGAUCUUUUGGCGUACAGUAAGAGGAAUGCUGCCACAUAAGACUGCUCGUGGUCAAGCGGCACUGGACCGCUUGAAGGUGUUCGAAGGAAUUCCUCCUCCAUAUGACAAGAAAAAGCGCCAGGUUGUUCCUUGUGCCCUCCGGAGUCUGAGACUUAAUCCCCGUCGCAAGUUCUGUGAGGUUGGUCGGUUAUCAGCGGAAGUGGGCUGGAAAUACCAGGAUGUUAUUGCCACCCUUGAAGCGAAACGGAAAGCCAAGGCGAAUGUGUUUCACAAGCAGAAAAAGCGAGACCGCAAACUUUUGGAUCAGGCGCGGAAAAAUGUUGGAACAAAAGCAGCGAAAUACCAACAGAUCAUUGAAAGUUACGGUCAUAAAUGAAUUAUUUCAUCGAUGUUUUUUAUCUGAGAGACACCUUUCUGAGGAACUGAGGAAACAAUUUAGACAUCAAAAAUAAAGAAGACCCGUCA